CACUGAACUUUUGACAGCUGUUGUUGUUGUGGCCUCGGCUGUGGUAGCAAUUUAUUACAAUUUAACCAAGUUAGCCAUAAACGAUGGCCCAAGUUCCCUCGGCAAUCGUCUCGCACAAGCGCCAGGUGUGCAGCCUUUACAAGCGGGCACUGCGCAACCUGGAGGCGUGGUACGACCGCCGCAAUGUCUACCGCUACCGCGCUGUGCAGCUGCGUGCCCGCUUUGACGAGAACAAAUCCAAGGAUCUGGGCGAGGGCAUCCGACUCCUGGCCUGUGGACAAAGGGAGCUUUUCGAGACGAAGCAUUUCCAGCCCCGAAACUUUGCCAACAGUGCCGGUGGCUGUGCUUUCGAACGAGAGGUGAUUCCCCCCGACUGGGUGCUGGACUACUGGCAUCCCCUGGAGAAGGCCCAGUACCCCGAGUACUUCGCCAAGCGGGAGCAGCGCAAGAAGGAGUUUGUGACCUGGUGGGAGAAGCAGUACGGCAAGCCCGACCCCAAGGACCUGGGACACCACUAAUCUUAGAGUACCGUAGUCAAAUCACAUCCAAUUGUUGUCAUCAAAAGUAAAUCUAUUGGAACUCACAGUAUGUGCUAUUAUAAAUGUGUUGUACUGGAAUGCAGUCGAUCUUCCAUCGCCCAAAA